GUGUGGUGCAACAAAUAAAAGUUAGAGAGAGACUCAAACAUUUGAGAGAGAAAGGGGGAGAGAGGGGUGCAAAACCUUGCACAAACGAGAAGAAACUCAACUUUAAUAUCCCCUCAGCCCUCUUCUUCUUCAAAUUCUUGUAUACUUUCCUGUUGUUAAGUUGAUCUAUGAGGAUCAGGAAGCGUUUUGCACCGUCUUAUUUUUCUUCGGAGCCCCUUGCAGAUCUCCAUCUCAACCAAUCACUGUCAAAUGGAAAUCAAGCGAAGCCCGAAUCCGAUCAGCCCUCAAAUCCUCCACAGCAGCCUUCCGACCAAAAUAUGGUGAUAAUCAAAUGGGCACUGCACCCUAAUGCUGCUAUAACUGGAAAGCGAAAGGAAAUGGAAAGUGGGGAGGAUGAAGAGAAGCCCAGCAGUGAUGAUAUCAGGAAUGCAAGAAUUUUAGUUCAAGAAGUAGAUAUCAAGUUUCUGCAGCCAUCUUCUUCUUCUGAUCCUGCAGAUGGGAGAUGGAGAGAAGAAGAUAAAAUAGUUCCAUUGAAGAAACGAAAAGGAACCCUGAAUAGAUGUGCCAGCAAUGAGACAUUGACGAAGGCGAGGAUGAAAUCGAAGACAAAUAAAAAAUGCGUGCAAGAAAAAGCUGAUCAUGAUGGAAAUUAUUGUCCGAAUAAGAAGAGGGCCAAUGUUAUCUUGGAGGGAUCCCGGUGCAGUCGGGUUAACGGGAGAGGAUGGAGAUGCUGCCAACCGACCCUCCUUGUGCAUGCAUCACGACACACCAAAGCUCUACCUUACGGGAUGCUUCUCACAAAAAUCUUUAAGCAUUUUAAUGUUUCAUUGGACGGUGAAGAUUUUAUAAAAUUACGCCCUAUCGAUACUAUUUACAUUCAGACCUUAAAACGAAUGAAGAUAGUAAAGGAACAUGGGCAAUGGGUGGCUCAUACGAAAGGGUUCGAUCCUACCUCUGGUCCAUCCACUCUCCUAUUUGAAGAUGAAGCUGAAUCAGACGAAGAAGUACCUGAAGUUCCUGCCCCCGCAUCUGACAUUCUAGGCUCGAGUGUGCCUCCUCCUUCCCGAGAGUGUUCCACCUUUACCGAGGAGCACUAUAAUCUUUUCCAUGGGUGGAUUGAUUCUCUUACCUCAUUGGUUGACGGCAUGGGUAGCCUACUUUUCCAGAUGCAGGCUCAGCAGAUAUCUAUCCAAGACCGACAGUUUGAGAUGCAGCACCAGCAGCUUGAGAUACAGCAACGAUAG